AUGGCCGCCGCUGACCCGACAUAUCCCCUCUACCCCAUUGCCUGCAUCCUGGCUUCGGCGAUGCUGCUUCUCGUUCUCUUGACCAGCUUCGUUCGGCAAAGCUGGAACCUGGGUGUCGCCUUCUUAUGCUUCUGGCUGUUCUUCGAGGUUCUGACAGCCGGCAUCGAUGCCAUCGUGUGGGCCGAUAACGCCGACAUCAAGCUGUACGUGUAUUGUGACAUCGUAUCGCAUAUGCAAAUGAUCACAUCGGUUGUCAAACCUAUGGCGACCCUGAUCAUCACUCGCCGACUAUAUCUGAUCACAAGCUUACGAUCUGUUGAACCUCCUACAAAAGCAGCGAGACGCAGAGAUCUCGCUAUAGAGUGGGCGCUCGGUCUGGGCAUUCCUCUUUUGGUUGCAGGACCUCUUUACUACGUAGUGCAGUGGCUUCGAUUUGAGGUCGAUGAAGGAUUUGGCUGCGGCAACUCUUCCGACGGCUCGAUACUCGCCAUAUUGCUUCUUUAUUCCUGCAAUGUGUUACCUCCCCUGGUGUCUAUCACCUUCUACUAUCCUCAUGUCGCUCGAGUCUUCUAUCGUCACAAUCGGGAGAUCAACCUCUUCUUACAGAGCAACGACUCGGUUUCUCGUACAAACUACUUUCGCAUACUUGCUCUCGCAAGCAUUGAUGUCUUGCUUACCUUACCCAUCGGAAUCGCGACGGUCGUCUUGGAUGUGAAACAGUUGUUGACUCUCGGUCCCAUCCCAUUCUACUACGGUUGGACCUACGACCACACGAACUGGCAGCCGGAGAAACUUUUCUACACAGACUUAGUGUCCGACGGGCCUUUCAAUGUAGGCCAAUUAUACUUCACUCAAUGGUCAUCGCCCUUUCUCGCAUUCAUCAUCUUCGGCCUCUUCGGCGUCACAUCGGAAGCCCGCGCGUCGUACUGGCGCAUCAUCUGCACCGUGUGCGGCUGGUUCGGCUGGAAGCCGACUCUUGGCACGCGCAGGGCGCGUUCAUCGCUAGGAGAUUUCGAGUUUGGAGAGCGUCCUGCUCGCAACUCUAUGUCGCUCGGUCUUGAGUCGAACCCAAGCUACGUUAAUCUCGGCGUCCGCGCUCAAAAUCAGGCCGGGGAGGUCGGAGGCAUCGUGAAUGAUGUAGAGAACGGCUUGGAGAAGGAUGAGAUAGAAGAAGCACCCCGAGAUGCUGGCGAGGCGGCGUUUGACGAGCGCCGGGCGCAGCCUUCCGCGUCUUCCCAGGCUGGCGUCGGUGAUGCCUCGGCCGACGUGUAA